CAUAAUCAACUUGCUUCAUAAUAUCAUGAAGAAUACUAAGGUCAAUCUUGUUCGUUUGAUCCUAUUAGCAUUGUCUUUCUCAUCUCCACUCCUCACAGUUUCCGCACAAACUAACCCAACUGAUGUGGCGGCAUUGAGUUUGCUACAAAUUAAUUUUCCUCUACUUGCGUUAAUAUCAACCGGCGAUCCAUGUCUUCCUACACCACAUUUUUGGCUUGAGUGUAGCUCCGAUACUACACCUCGAAUAACAGCUCUAAAUCUUAAUGGCGCCGCAUUGGCUGGGGUACUUCUCCCUGAUUUUAGUGCCAUGGAUGCACUUGAAAUCAUAGACUUGAGCAAUAACCUAUUGGUACUUGAAUUUCCUGAUUUUCUAGCCAACUUCCCUAAUCUAAAAGUGUUGAACUUGGCGAACAACUUUUUCUUUGGAACAAUCCCUAUAUCAUUGAUGGAAAAAUCCAUCAAUAACACGUUGGAGUUGACGUUAACAGGACCGGGAAUGAUAAACUUGUGCUUUUCUGAUGAAGAACUAUGCGAAACCGUACCAGGAACACAAACAAAUUUUGGACAAACGCCAGUACUAAUUGACCCAUUGGCAAAUGGUUUCACGAUAAAUGGCGUAGGGAAGUAAUUACCCCUAUACUCCAGUCAUAAAUCACUAAUUCAUUGAAUCUGGUAUUUCAAGCAAUGGAGUUUUCUUAAUAUAUAUUGUUGCGUGCAAUAAAUUCCUAAGAACUUGGGUUUGCGGCACAAACAAUUACACCUUAUCAUGGAGUAUAUGACUAUAUGUAUGUGGAGCAACAGGUGCACCCAGUUGUUCAAACUAUUUGGAUUGAAAAUUAUGUGUUUUGUUUUAAUGUUUGAUUAUUGUUGUUGAA